ACUUAGCAGUAAUCUUUACAAAAUGGCGACUGUUGUUGUUUUGCCGCAGGGUCACUGAAUAAAUCCGUUUUUCAAUUCAGUAAUUUUCUGCACUAAAUUGCAGAAAACAGCAUUGAAAAGCCCAGGUGUCCCAGGGGUCGGCUCCGUGUGGACUGAAAUGAAAGGUAAAGAGCGGUCGCCGAUUAAAAAACGCUCCCGGGCCUUGGACGAUAUUCGAGACAGGGGAGGAUGCCACCCGACCAGCAAGAAAAUGGGGGCUCUCUCCGUAUCCAGUGGGAGUAAUAAUGGAAAUAGCUCGACCAAAAGCGACGGUGGUUCGACUAGAAGGAGUCUGCUCGGUGAAAAAAGGGACAGAGAUUUCGACGGUCAUGGUCGGACUGGAAAUAAUCACAGUUUGUCUGCUACCGCCAGCUCCGUCGGCAAAAACCACAACCUGGGUUUGACUCUGGAUUUAGCCUCACCGAGGACCACUUCACGGGCGGAGCAGCGGGUUCAGCCACCCACCGCCGAAAGUGAGUACAAAACCCUCAAAAUAAGCGACCUCGGUACCCAGCUGAGCGACGAAGACAUUGAGGAUGGACUUUUUCAUGAAUUUAAAAAAUUCGGAGAUGUGAGCGUAAAGAUAAGCCGUAGCAACGACGAACGGAUAGCCUUCGUGAAUUUCAGGAAGCCGGAGGACGCCAGAGCGGCAAAGCACGCCAGGGGACGAUUGGUGCUGUAUGACCGGCCUCUAAAAAUUGAAGCAGUGUACAUCAACAGGAGGAGAAGCCGAUCGCCGGUGGAGAGAGACGUGUAUGGUGCAGCUCAAAGCCAUAGACAUCUACAGAGACCGCUCUCGCCCACCGGGCUAGGGUACAGGGACUACCGGCUGCAGCAGCUGGCCUUGGGGCGGCUUCCCCCUCCCCCGCCGCCCCCUUUGCCCAGAGAACUGGAGCGGGACAGGGAAUUCGCUCUGUUUGAAGCCAGGGCACGACCAGCUUUCAUUGCAGAGCGAGCAGCUUUUCGUGAGGAGGAUUUUAUAUCUCCAGAAGAUGACCAAAGAGCCAAUAGGACGUUGUUUUUAGGCAAUCUUGACAUAACAGUUACAGAAGCGGACCUGAGGAGAGCUUUUGACAGGUUUGGGGCCAUAACAGAAGUGGACAUUAAAAGACCUACUCGGGGUCAAAUCAGCACAUAUGGAUUUCUGAAAUUUGAGAACCUUGACAUGGCUCACCGUGCUAAGCUUAAUAUGUCUGGCAAAGUAGUGGGCCGCAACCCCAUAAAGAUAGGUUAUGGGAAAGCAACUCCCACUACACGCCUGUGGGUGGGUGGACUCGGACCAUGGGUUCCUUUAGCCGCUCUGGCAAGAGAGUUUGAUCGCUUUGGCACCAUAAGGACCAUUGACUACAGAAAAGGGGACACUUGGGCCUACAUUCAGUAUGAAAGUUUGGACGCUGCACAGGCAGCAUGCACACACAUGAGGGGCUUCCCACUGGGAGGCCCAGAUAGGAGACUUAGAGUGGACUUUGCUGACACAGAGCAUCGUUACCAGCAGCAGUUGCUGCAGCCUCUCCCAAUACCACCUUUUGACAUGGUUGCUGAGUCGUUUGUCCACCGUGCCACUCCUGAACCUCUGAGGGUCAGGGAACGAACUCCUCCGCCGCUUCACUUCAGGGAGAGAGAGCUCUUUCAUGGAACUGAGUGGCCUAAUCCAGCUAUUCGUGAUCGGGUACGUGCCUCACCGUUUGAGCCUCUGGAGCACUUGGAACGUGAGCGGCGGGCACGGGAGCCUUGGUCUUUGGAACGUGAGCUACAGGGGCGAGAACCCGUACGCAAGCGGCGUGUAAUGGACGACGGACGCCAUAUAGACCACUCCCCUGACAGCACUGAGAGGACAGUAAGACGUAGGCGUGCUUCUCCAGAUGGUAGUCCUGGAGGUAGCAGCAGAGAUGGAGGGCGCUUCAGUGACUCAGAGCGCCCUUUGCGGGGCGAGAGACCCUCUCCUACGCGAGAGCAUCACAGUGGGCUGGAAAGGGGUGGGACUGAACGGAGACUGAAAAGCCAGAAUCUCUCUGACAAAGGCCCUUCAAGCAGCAACAUUUUAGCUGUUGGAGAGCGUAAACGCAAGGCAGGCGAUGGUGGUAAGGGGCUGGCCAAGAGAGAACGUUCUGAGAGCAGUACCAAGGGAGGCCAGGCAUCCAAAUCAGAUGGCACUAAACUCGGUUUGGCCUGGCAUGGCAUGCUGUUGCUCAAGAACAGCAACUUCCCAGCUAACAUGCACCUUCUAGAGGGCGAUCACAACGUAGCCAGCGACCUGCUUGUUGACGGCACAACAGGGAGGCAAGUGAGCGAGCUAAAGAUCACCCAGCGCCUUCGCCUGGAUCAACCGAAGCUUGACGAGGUCUCCCGGCGCAUCAAGGUAGCGGGUCCCGGUGGCUACGCCAUCCUGCUGGCAGUUCCUGGGGCCACAGAGGAUAUAUCUUCAUCUGACCCUGCAGCCUCUACUCAGCGGCCACUUCGCAACCUGGUGUCCUACCUCAACCAAAAACAAGCAGCUGGGGUCAUCAGCCUGCCUGUGGGGGGGAGCAGAGAUAAAGACAACACAGGGGUUCUUCAUGCUUUCCCUCCCUGUGAUUUCUCCCAGCAGUUCCUGGAUUCCUCUGCCAAAGCUCUGGCUAAAAGUGAAGAGGACUAUCUGGUCAUGAUUGUGGUUCGUGGAGCAUCUUGAAAAAAAAAAAUUAGAACACACUAAUUUCAAAAUGUGUAAAAAAAAAAAAAAAAAAAAAAAAAUCUGCUGUAUGUCAGUAACUAUUGCAUGCUGUGUGUUCUGCAUUAUGGGGUACACUAGUGUGGUUCCUGAGUGUUUGUAUGUUGCCAUGUAAUUCAACUAGAAGGACAAGCAGUGCCCUCCUACCAAUCUGAAAGGGUAUGUGUUUUUGAAAUUACUUUUAAAAGGUGUACGAAUUGCUGUCAAGGUCAUAAACCUGCAGUAAUUCAGCCAGAAUAUUGUAAAGUAGUAAAUAUAUGGGGAGAAUUUGUUGAAUACAUUUCAAUUUCAUUUAAAAGAGAGAAGUCAUCGAAAACUAAACUUGGGUUCAUUUUAAAAUCGUAGCUACUUAAGUCUACCGCAAGCAAAGCACUAGCAAAUGUAGAAGUGCAGUGAGUGGACACAAUAACACCUCCACUACAGCAAAACCACAAGCUACUAUGGUGUUGAAGCCACGUCUCUCUGACACAGUGUUAACAAUGAAAAUUGCAAGCUCAGCAGAGGUCAUGUUUGUUGAUGGACUGUUAUACCGCAUUGCCUGAGAUUGUAUAGGUGUUGUUAUUGUAUCUGCUACCUGCACAGGUAUUUCAGCAAACAUCCUUUUCAAACCUUUGAAUUACAGUGCAAUAAUAUUUCUACUAUAAUUACUUUUUGUUGGAUUGAGACGAAAGUGUGCAUUACCCUUUUUAAUUGAAGGUUUUCGUUGAAAGUGUAGUGAAUGAGUUGAUUCUGCAGUUACAACGCUAAUUUCUUUGGAGAAAGAAUCCCUCUAACGUUUUGAAGGUCAAAACAUAUUGCAUAACUCUCCUUCAGCACACCACGCUUCAUUUACUUCAUUUUUUGGGUAUCUUGCCUUCCCAAGGUGACCAUAAUGAUGAUAACAAGAUGGAUUUGAAAGCUUGGUGACUGACUUUGGUGUACCGAGGAGGGUUUGUGCAAUAUGUUUUAAUUUUGAUGGACUUUUAAACAUCUCAAGACACGUCGCACGUUUCAGUCACCCAUGUUGUGAAUUAUGUUCAUGGUUUUGAUUUGAUUGCAUCUUUUAUUAAUGUGUUCCUCAAAGUUGGAACACCAGAUCGCCAGACAGACAAUGAACUCAGUGUGUGUCCACUGGAAAAAGAAAAAAAAAAAACUAAAUUGUUAUGUCAACUCUAUGUGGAAUGCUGAAUACUAACAGAUGUGAGAUAUUUGCCCUGGGAACAGCCCAUAACACAAUACGCAUAGCAUAGUAAAGCAAAUACUAACAUGUAUUUUUUUUAUUUUUUACUUCCUGUUUUAUUUCGUGCAUCCCUACCUUAGAAAUGGUUAUGUAAUGUGAGCUCUAAACAACUACAGUAGUAAUGGAUAAAAAGCUUAGAGAGUUUUGUGUUGUUUCAUUUAUUGCUCUGAAACCAGUAGGUCAUCCCGAUAACAAUAAUAUUCACUAUCAGUACAAUGUAACAAAAACAAGUAACAAAAACCUGCUAUUUGUACACUACUUAGGGUCUCUAAUUUUAAAGUUUUAGAAACACUUUAACAGUUAAUGUUUGAAUUUGAAGGUUAGAGGUCUAAAUUGGACAGUAUUUCACUCAUGCCUGCCAACAAGUUCCCAAGGCCUGUUUACUGUAUUUUGUUUUGCCAUCGUAUGUUUGUUAUGCAAUAGUAACCCACCCUGAAUUAUAAUAUGCUGAGUUUGGUGUGUAUUGAAAACAUUAAUAUGUCUGAAAAAUUGUUAUAUUGUGAACAUCACACCCUCUUCAACGCUGGACUCCUGAGGAGACGAGCACAGAGCUGAAAACCUCUGCAGAGAAGGCAACCUAGUGUUUGUGAGUCCUCAGUAAUGAGGCAGCUUUUAAGUUGUGUGUCCCAUCUGCACCUGUGAUGACUUCUGUUUUAAAUGGAAAAUUGAGCAAUGUACACUUUGAUUUCAUGGGAAAGGAAAAUCCGUAGAUCCCGUGCGAAGCUGUUCACAUACCUGCAAGUGCAACUGGGCACUUAAUGUGACCGAUUAUCAAUAAAUUGUUCAUUUGAAGGGAAA